GAGGAACCCCCAGGCCGGCAGAGGCUGAGCCCUCGGGUUCGAGUCCGUGUUUUCACUUUUUGUCAGACUGCGGGCGCAGAAGACGGGAUUUGGGUCAAGACAUUCGGCUCUGGCCCCCUGGCCGGCCGGGGGAACCCUGGAACCCCAUGGAGACAGCAGGUCACUUCCUGCUUCCUGGUCCCCACGGUGGCUUCUUGGCCAGGAGUGCAGGGACGCCUCCUCUUUCUCCACGUCGGGAUCAAAAGGGUGGAAACUAAGGCAGAUCGGUGGUGGAGCGGUCAGAUGGGUAUUGAAGAGGAGUGUCAUUCCUCAGGGAAUUGCUGUUCCUGACAAAACCAAACUUGUUUGGGGUUGGAGAACGGGGAUUGAGAAGGUUAGCUGGAGUUGUCCCUUGAUCGGAAACCCAGCCCCUUUAAUUACAGCUGCACCUUGGUCGGAAGCCCAGCCCCUCCGUAACCUAAGCGCUCAAAGCCGGUCUGUCCGGAAUAGUGGUGGUGAAGGGACGGAAAAUUGGAGUUGAGAAAUGUAGUACUCCUUUCACCUAAAGUUUCGGUGUAUAACACUUACAAGUAAUUGCCAACUUAAAAAACAAAAGACUGUUUCGGUAGUUUAGUAAUAAUAUUGGCUUGGGAUGAGGUUUUCUUUGAAGAGAAACGCCUUGUUACAGAGGGAAAAGCCGACCAUACUUGAUAUGAGUAAUAUUCUACUAUGCUGCAGUUCUGGAACCUAUAGAGCUUCUCUUAUUCACACAUUUAAUCUUCAUGCUAAAUAGUGCAAAGUAAGAAAAUUGAAGUCAAAGACCAUGGGAGAUACAGCAAAACCUUAUUUCGUGAAGCGCACUAAAGACCGGGGGACUAUGGAUGAUGAUGACUUCAGAAGGGGUCACCCCCAACAAGAUUAUUUAAUAGUAGAUGACCAUGCUAAAGGCCAUGGCAGUAAAAUGGAAAAGGGCCUUCAAAAAAAGAAGAUAACACCAGGGAACUAUGGGAAUACCCCCAGAAAAGGACCAUGUGCUGUUUCCAGCAAUCCAUAUGCAUUUAAAAACCCAAUCUACAGUCAACCCGCUUGGAUGAAUGAUAGCCACAAAGAUCAGAGUAAGAGAUGGCUGUCUGAUGAACAUACUGGUAAUUCAGACAACUGGAGAGAAUUCAAACCUGGACCUAGAAUUCCUGUUAUACACCGACAAAGAAAAGACUCCUUUCAAGAAAAUGAAGAUGGUUAUAGGUGGCAAGACACAAGAGGCUGCAGAACUGUAAGACGACUGUUUCAUAAAGACCUAACAAGCCUAGAAACCACGUCAGAAAUGGAAGCAGGAAGUCCUGAAAACAAGAAGCAGAGGUCCAGACCUAGGAAGCCACGGAAGACUAGAAAUGAGGAAAAUGAGCAGGAUGGAGACUUGGAAGGCCCUGUGAUCGAUGAGUCUGUACUUUCAACGAAGGAGCUGCUAGGCUUACAGCAGGCUGAGGAGAGACUGAAGAGAGACUGCAUUGACAGGCUAAAAAGGCGACCACGAAACUACCCUACAGCAAAGUACACCUGCAGACUCUGUGAUGUUUUAAUUGAAUCCAUUGCAUUUGCCCAUAAGCAUAUCAAGGAAAAGAGGCACAAGAAAAACAUUAAGGAGAAGCAAGAGGAAGAGUUGCUCACUACGUUACCCCCACCAACACCCUCCCAGAUAAAUGCAGUUGGCAUUGCCAUUGACAAAGUGGUACAGGAAUUUGGCUUACACAAUGAGAACUUGGAACAGAGGCUAGAAAUUAAACGUAUCAUGGAAAAUGUGUUCCAACACAAGUUACCAGAUUGUUCCCUAAGAUUAUAUGGGUCAUCCUGUAGCAGAUUGGGUUUCAAAAAUUCGGAUGUAAACAUUGACAUCCAGUUUCCAGCCAUUAUGUCUCAGCCAGAUGUCCUCUUACUUGUUCAAGAAUGUUUAAAGAACAGUGACUCCUUUAUUGAUGUUGAUGCAGACUUCCAUGCUAGGGUGCCAGUGGUGGUGUGCAGAGAAAAGCAAAGUGGUCUUCUGUGUAAAGUGAGCGCAGGAAAUGAAAAUGCUUGUCUGACAACAAAGCAUUUAACUGCCCUUGGAAAACUAGAACCAAAGCUGGUUCCUUUGGUGAUUGCAUUUAGGUACUGGGCAAAGCUUUGCAGUAUAGAUCGCCCUGAAGAAGGAGGUCUGCCACCUUAUGUGUUUGCCCUGAUGGCCAUUUUCUUUCUUCAGCAGAGGAAAGAACCCCUUUUGCCUGUAUAUCUAGGAUCAUGGAUUGAAGGAUUCUCACUAAGCAAACUAGGGAAUUUCAACCUUCAAGACAUUGAAAAAGAUGUUGUGAUCUGGGAACAUACUGACAGUGCUGCAGGGGACACAGGCAUAACAAAAGAAGAGGCACCAAGAGAAACGCCGAUUAAAAGGGGACAGGUGUCAUUAAUAUUGGAUGUGAAACACCAGCCUUCAGUACCAGUUGGGCAGCUCUGGGUGGAAUUGCUGCGAUUCUAUGCUUUAGAAUUUAAUUUGGCUGAUUUAGUGAUAAGUAUUCGUGUCAAAGAAUUGGUAUCUCGGGAAUUGAAGGAUUGGCCCAAAAAGCGCAUUGCCAUUGAAGAUCCCUACUCUGUUAAAAGAAACGUGGCAAGAACCCUAAAUAGUCAACCUGUGUUUGAAUAUAUACUUCAUUGUUUAAGGACAACAUACAAGUAUUUUGCUCUUCCACACAAAAUUACAAAAUCCAGCCUUCUAAAGCCUCUGAAUGCAAUUACAUGUAUUUCAGAACAUUCUAAAGAAGUAAUAAAUCAUCAUCCAGAUGUACAAACAAAAGAUGAUAAGCUCAAAAACUCAGUUUUGGCCCAAGGUCCUGGUGCUACCAGUUCAGCUGCAAAUACCUGUAAGGUACAGCCACUUACUCUUAAAGAGACUGCUGAAAGUUUUGGAAGCCCACCAAAAGAAGAAAUGGGAAAUGAACACAUCAGUGUCCACCCUGAAAACUCAGACUGUAUCCAAGCAGAUGUUAACUCUGAUGAUUACAAGGAUGAUAAAGUAUACCAUCCAGAAACAGGAAGGAAAAACGAGAAAGAGAAAGUUGGAAGGAAGGGCAAGCAUCUGUUGACUGUUGAUCAGAAACAUGGAGAGCGUGUUGUCUGUGGCAGCACACGUAAUAAUGAGUCAGAGAGCACUUUGGAUUUAGAAGGCUUCCAAAAUCCUACAGCUAAAGAGUGUGAGGGACUUGCCACUUUAGAUAACAAGGCUGAUCUUGAUGGAGAAAGUACAGAAGGUACUGAGGAACUAGAAGACUCUCUAAACCACUUUACCCACUCAGUACAGGGCCAGACAUCAGAAAUGAUUCCCUCUGAUGAAGAGGAGGAGGAUGACGAAGAAGAGGAGGAGGAAGAAGAACCUAGGCUCACCAUUAACCAAAGGGAAGAUGAAGAUGGCAUGGCUAAUGAGGAUGAGUUAGACAACACCUACACUGGGUCAGGGGAUGAGGACGCCCUAUCUGAAGAGGAUGAUGAGUUAGGCGAAGCUGCUAAGUAUGAAGACGUGAAAGAAUGUGGAAAACAUGUAGAAAGAGCUCUCCUAGUGGAACUUAAUAAAAUAAGUCUUAAGGAAGAAAAUGUAUGUGAAGAAAAUUCACCUGUGGAUCAGUCUGAUUUUUUUUAUGAAUUCAGUAAACUUAUCUUCACCAAAGGCAAGUCUCCUACGGUAGUGUGCAGCUUAUGCAAACGAGAGGGUCAUCUAAAGAAGGACUGUCCUGAAGACUUCAAAAGAAUCCAGCUAGAACCUCUGCCACCGUUAACACCCAAGUUUUUAAAUAUCUUAGAUCAAGUCUGUAUCCAGUGUUAUAAGGAUUUUUCUCCAACAAUUAUAGAAGAUCAGGCUCGUGAACAUAUUCGGCAAAACCUAGAAAGUUUCAUAAGACAGGACUUUCCAGGAACUAAAUUGAGCCUGUUUGGCUCCUCCAAAAAUGGAUUUGGGUUCAAACAGAGUGACCUUGACGUCUGUAUGACAAUUAAUGGACUUGAAACUGCUGAGGGAUUGGACUGUGUCAGAACUAUUGAAGAAUUAGCAAGAGUCCUCAGAAAACAUUCAGGUCUGAGAAACAUCUUACCUAUUACAACAGCAAAGGUGCCAAUUGUGAAGUUCUUCCAUUUGAGAAGUGGUCUGGAAGUAGAUAUCAGUUUGUAUAACACAUUGGCCCUUCAUAACACAAGGCUUUUAUCUGCUUAUUCCGCCAUUGAUCCCAGAGUGAAGUAUUUGUGCUAUACCAUGAAAGUAUUUACAAAGAUGUGUGAUAUUGGUGAUGCAUCUAGAGGCAGCUUAUCAUCGUAUGCAUAUACUCUUAUGGUGCUAUAUUUUCUCCAGCAGAGGAAUCCACCAGUCAUUCCUGUCCUUCAAGAGAUAUACAAAGGUGAAAAGAAACCUGAAAUAUUUGUUGAUGGCUGGAAUAUUUAUUUUUUUGAUCAAAUAGAUGAACUGCCUACCUAUUGGCCAGAAUGUGGAAAAAAUACAGAGUCUGUUGGGCAGUUAUGGUUGGGCCUUCUUCGUUUCUACACAGAGGAAUUUGAUUUUAAAGAACAUGUUAUUAGCAUCAGGAGAAAAAGUCUGCUUACAACUUUUAAGAAACAGUGGACCUCAAAAUACAUUGUUAUUGAAGAUCCCUUUGAUUUGAAUCAUAAUCUUGGAGCUGGAUUAUCAAGGAAAAUGACAAAUUUUAUAAUGAAGGCUUUUAUCAAUGGUAGAAGAGUAUUUGGUAUUCCUGUCAAGGGAUUUCCAAAGGACUACCCCUCAAAAAUGGAAUACUUUUUUGAUCCAGAUGUGUUAACUGAAGGAGAGCUGGCCCCAAAUGAUAGAUGUUGUCGAAUUUGUGGAAAAAUCGGACACUUCAUGAAGGACUGUCCUAUGAGGAGAAAAGUAAGACGGCGGCGAGAUCAGGAAGAUGCCCUGAACCAAAGAUACCCUGAGAACAAGGAAAAAAGAAGCAAAGAGGACAAAGAAAUUCACAACAAGUACACAGAAAGGGAGGUGUCAACAAAAGAAGAUAAGCCCAUACAGUGCACACCUCAGAAAGCCAAGCCAAUGCGGGCAGCUGCUGACCUGGGGAGGGAGAAGAUCCUCAGGCCACCAGUAGAAAAAUGGAAGAGACAGGAUGACAAAGACUUAAGAGAAAAACGUUGUUUCAUUUGUGGAAGAGAAGGGCACAUUAAAAAGGAAUGCCCACAGUUUAAAGGCUCUUCAGGAAUGUCUAAAUCAGAUUGUAUGUUUGGAUCGCCCUCACCUGUCCCAUUGAAACCAACUGGUUUAUUUGUUCAGGCAGUGCUUUUACAUGAAGACAAAAAGAAACAAAAAACAACAAUAUUUUUGAGUCCCCAGUCAGGUAUGUGGGUUUUAAAAAAAACAAAUGUGUGUUAUUUUAUUUACUGCAUACUUUACCACAUGCCUUUUGAGACUUUUUCUCUGAAUAUGUGCUUUUAACAGGGAUUGGACAUCAGAAUCACUUGGGGGAACUUUAAAACCUAUAGUUGCCCAUCCUCUACCUUUAUUUCCUAAAGCUAAUUCUUCAGUGGUUAAGCAUGGGCCUGUGUGUUUUGUAAAUUCCAAGUGAUGUUUAUACCACCCAUGAGUGGCAACCAGAGUCUUCAAUUAUUUGUUCCAGUCCCGUGCUUUUUGUUGCUGCUGUCCUGCCAGCAGUGUUUUCUCCUCCUGGAGAGUAUUUGCCACACACAAAGUAAGGAAAAAAACUAAUCUCUAGCCUGAACUCCACUGUUACCUCUCAGCUACUUCAUUUAUUCAUUCUUUCAACAAAUAGUUAUCCAGCCUCUCCCCUCCCUUUCCAAGUUCAGGACACCAGCCUCAACAUGAAGAUACAGCAGUGAACAAGCAAAGCCCCUUCUCUCAUUUACUCUGCAUCCUUCUCAGAAGAGGUAGACAAUAAAGAGAUACAGAGAUAAUAUGUCAUGUGGUGGCAAAUGCUAGGAAGAAAUAACAAAACAAGAAAAGGGAAAGAGAAUGGUUGGCUAAGGAGGCAGCCUCUCUGGUAAAGUAACAUUUAAGCAAAGAAUCAAAUGAAACAAAGGGGCCAGUCGGGGGAAAUUGGUGUUAGACUGGUAAACUCAGAGAUGGAAACAGGUGUUGUCCUGCAGCAUCACUGAGGCAGUGUGGCAGGAGUGGAACAGGAUUGGAAACUUGAGAGACAGAAGAAAUUUGAAAAAAAAAAAAAAAAAAAGUGGAGCAGGCAGAAGGGUGAGUGAGUGGUAGAGGUGAAGUCAGAGGGUGGAUAGAUCUGGAUUAUGAAGCGCCUUCAGCAGUGGUAGGUACCGUUUUUGUUGGUUUUUUUCUCCCUCUAAGUGAAAUGAGAGACUAUUGUAGGGUUUUGAGCCAAGGAGUGAUAUUAUCUGAAUUCUGUUUUAAAACGUUCAUCAUGGCUCCUGUGUGGAGGCAGGGUAGCUACUUAGAAACCAAGCCAUCUCAGCCUGCUGAUUUGUAGAGAUGUGGUCUCACUAUGUUGCCCAGACUGGUCUUGAACUCCUGGCCUCAUGUGAUCCUCCCACCUUGGCCUCCCAAAAUACUAAAAUGAUAGAUAUGAGCCGCCACACCUAGCCAUAAGCUUCAGCCUUGAGCAGAUACUUUCUAAACACUUUAUAUAGGAAAAAAAAACUAAUUCUUGUAUAGCCAAGGUGUUCAUUUUGCCGAGAAUAACGUAGCAUAGUGUUUACAAUUACGUGGGUGUAAUUUCUAGCUUUGUGAUCCUGAGAGACUGCCUUAUCCUCCAUAUGCCUCAGUUUUCUCAUGUGUAAAAAGGGGGUAAUAAUAAUACCUGACAGGGAUGGUGAGAAAUCCAUGUAAAAGUACUUAGAACAGCGCCUGCAUAUAGUGAGAGCAGAGAAAAGGAGAAAAGGUUCGUGGUGGUGAUUGCAUUGAUGUUAUUAUUCCUUCAGGGUAUCACCAAGUCUUCCAGUGCCAGCAUUGUUCAGUUGAGAGAGAAAUAUAGAUGCUAGGCAUACACCUAGAAAUAGCAUUGACA